AUGGAAGCCUCUGAACUUUUGAAAUAUUAACUUAAUGCUAUGAAUGAUGAUCAAAAAUGUAGUGGUUUUAAUGCUUAUUUAAAUGAAUAACUUUUCUAAUCAGCUCAUAAAAAAAAAAGUAUUGAAUAAUAAGAAAAAAUAAUUCAAUAAUGGAAUAAAUUAUCUACAGAUGAAAAGAAGGAAUUUUAAGAAAAAGAAGAAGAAAUUAGAGAGCAUAUGAAAAAAGAAAAGAAAGAAAAAGAAAAAUAAGAGAAAUCUAAAAAAUCACAUAAAAGUCAACAUAAAAAAGAUAAAGAAAAUGAAGAAGAUAUUGAAGAUGUAUAGAAAAGUGUUUAGAAUAUGAAAAUAAAUGAAGAAAAAUAACAUCAAAAGAAAAAAACACAUGAAGUGAAAAAUGAUAAACAUGAAGAUCAAGAAGAAUGUUAAGAUAAUGAUGAAAAUAAAGAGGAUCAUUAAAAACAUAAUGGACAUAAUUCUAAAUAAGGUGAUUAAAAAAUGUCAAAUAAAGAUGAUGAAGAAUGUGAUGAAGAAAAUUAAGAUAAAGUUAAUGAAGAUGGUUAACAUAAAACAAAUAAGAAAUAGUAUAAAGCUAGAUCAAGUAGAUCAGGAUGCAGAUCUGGUCAAAGAUCAGGACAAAGAUCAGGAUGUGGAAAAAGAAAAAUGUGA